UUUUACUCUUUUCUGUCCAACACUAAGUUUUCAAAAUUUGGUAUGUAUUUUAUACUUACAGCAUAUUUCCAUUUGGAUUAGCCACAUUUGAAAUGUUCAAUAGUUAUGUAUUACCAAUGGCUACUAUAUCAGACUAGGGGAAGCAAAAGGGUAAAAGGCUAGUGGUGAAGGACAGGGCCAGGUUCAUUCUGUAAUGAUUAAUGUAAAUAGUGCACCCUGCCCUCCAGUGAUGUGCCAGUCUGUGAAUUGGCUUGAUGAUAUGAUAAGACAAAGAAAACAAGCAUAUAAGACACACUGUGAUCUGGGGAGUCAGCUGCUUUUGCAUCUACCGAGAUGGCUUCAGGACUCCAGCUUCCCCCACCGCUGCUCAUGGGAUUGCUGCUCUUCCUGUGUGUCAGGCCCUGGACUGAGGGCGGGAAGGUACUGGUGGUCCCCAUGGAGGGCAGCCACUGGCUCAGCAUGCGGGAGGUUGUGAAGGAGCUCCAUGCCAGAGGCCACCAAGCAGUAGUCCUCUCACCAGAGGCAACUUUGCAUGUCAAGGAGGAGGACUAUUUCACCCUGAAAACCUAUGCCAUUCCAUUCACCCAGGAGGAAUUCCAGUAUCUCAUGCUGGGCCUUACUGACCUGGUUUUUGAAAGAGCACAUUUUCUAAAAACAUUCUUGAAAUAUACUGUAAUUUUGAAAAAUAUGUCUUCGGUCUUUCAAAAGUCUUGUGAGGAGCUGGUGCAUAACCAGGACCUGAUCAGGCAUCUGAAUGCCAGUGCCUUCGACGUGGUUUUAACAGAUCCUGCCUCCCCCUGUGGGGCAGUGCUGGCUCAGUACCUGUCACUUCCUACUGUGUUUUUUUUGCGUGCCAUUCCCUGUAACUUCGAUUCGGAGGGCACACAGUGCCCAAAUCCUUCCUCAUAUAUUCCUAGUGUAUUAACAAGGAAUUCAGACCACAUGACAUUCCUGCAAAGGGUCAAGAACAUGCUCUACCCUCUGGCCCUGAAGUACAUUUGUCAUGCUUCUUUGUCUCCUUAUGCACGGCUGGCCUCUGAGCUUCUGCAGAGAGAGAUGUCACUGGUGGAUGUUUUUGGCUAUGCAUCCGUGUGGCUGUUCAGAGGAGACUUUGUGUUGGACUACCCCAGGCCGAUCAUGCCCAACAUGGUCUUCAUUGGGGGCAUAAACUGUGCCAACAGGAAGCCAUUGUCUCAGGAGUAUGAAGCCUAUGUAAAUGCCUCUGGAGAACAUGGAAUUGUGGUUUUCUCUUUGGGCUCAAUGGUCUCGGAUAUUCCAGAGAAGAAAGCCAUGGAAAUUGCUGAUGCUUUGGGCAAAAUACCUCAGACAGUGCUGUGGCGGUACACUGGGACUCGACCAUCGAAUCUUGCGAAGAAUACAAUCCUGGUCAAGUGGCUGCCACAAAAUGAUCUGCUCGGUCACCCGAAGACUCGUGCCUUCAUCACACAUUCUGGCUCCCAUGGUAUCUAUGAAGGAAUAUGCAAUGGCGUUCCGAUGGUGAUGAUGCCUCUGUUCGGCGAUCAGAUGGACAAUGCAAAGCGCAUGGAGACCCGGGGAGCAGGAGUGUCCUUGAACGUCCUGGAAAUGACUUCUGAAGAUUUAGAAAAUGCCCUCAAAACUGUCAUCAAUGACAAAAGCUAUAAGGAAAACAUCAUGCGCCUCUCCAGCCUCCACAAGGACCGCCCCAUUGAGCCACUGGACCUGGCUGUGUUCUGGGUGGAGUUCGUGAUGAGGCACAAGGGAGCCCCGCAUCUGCGCCCCGCGGCCCACCUCCUCACCUGGUACCAGUACCAUUCUUUGGACGUGAUUGGCUUCCUCUUGGCCAUUGUGCUGGGAGUUGCCUUUGUUGUCUAUAAAUGCUGUGCCUUCGGCUACAGAAAAUGCUUUGGGAAAAAAAGGCGAGCUAAGAAAUCUAACAAAUCCAAGGCACACUGAGAAAUGGGUGAAAAAUGAGGUGAUCCAAAUUUACAGUCAGUGUGAAAUACAUGUCAUGCUCAUUGAAGAAAACUUUACUGUAAGUUAGACACCCAGAGUGUUUUUUUAAAAUAAAAAUAAUUUAAUUGCUAGUCACACCUCCAGUUAGAAAUAUUUGAAAAUGUUUUCUGCCCCCUUCAAUACCUUUCAUCUGGACUAUAUUUUCUACCGUACAAAGGACUUGCCAAGAGGUUUGGACAGGUCCCUCCUUCACUCUGCAUUACUUUUCUUACUCAGAAAUGGGGCCUGUUUGGGAACCACUGCUGUCCCCGCCUGAGAUGACAGUUUUAACAUCAUCUGGCUUUUAUAGACUAUUGUGAUUAAUUCCUUCAGUGUAAUGGCAGGUCCUAAUUUAUUCCUAUACUUCAUAGAUAUCACUUUGCAUAUUUAAAGAAGAAAACCGUUAUUCCUUUAAAGCCUAGUGCCUUGUACUUGAAUGAAUGAAUGAUACAGAGCCCUUGGAGAACAAAGUAUGAUUUCUUUCUUUGGGGGAAAAGAGUAAUGUAUGAAAUUGAUAGGUAAUGUGUUAUAAAGGAUAACCAUUGCUUGUGCCAAAUGGAUCUGAAUUUGAUAAAAGCCCAAAGUGUAAUGUCUGGCUAGUAUAUUUUUCUCUGAUGUGUGUUUCCCACAACUAAAAACAUAUCAAUAAAUUUAUAUAAAUUAUAUUUCUUA